GUUUUCCUGGGGACCGACGGGAGACGGCGUUCAGGGGCCGGGCGCAACCGGAAGCGGCUCGGGCUCCCGGCAGGCAGCGCGAGGGGGCGGAGGCUUGGUGGCCGCUUGGCUUCUCCACCUGUCAGCGGCUGGGGGGCAGGGGCAGGCCGUGGCGGAACCGUGGCGUGGGCAGAGGCCGGAGAGUGUUUUAGCCCACGGAGGAGUAUUCUCCGGCCUGUUAGGUACUGGCUGCCUGAGACCGGACAGCGGAUCCGCUGUGGGGGAGGGGCAAGAACUCUGAACUCUGGCAGAGCGCUUCCGUGUCGCCUUUUUCUGGAAGCCCUGCCCGCGGAGUCUCCCUACCUCGUUCCCGUUCCUCCUUCAUCCUCCCCGCCCCCGCGCAGCGUUCGCCCUACGUUUCAAAGCCCACGCAGAGCGUCUUUCCUUUCAUGCGCUCGUUUGGGAGCAGAGACAAUAAAACGGUGCGAUGUGCCGACUCGGACGGCGACGUGGCUCCCGCAGGGCCGGGGCCCAGGCGGUGCCCGGCGCGAGCGGUUGUUAGCUGGGAUCCCUGGGUGACUCACUGUCUGACUCGUCUCUUAGCGUCCUCACCCGGUUCUCCCGUCGCUGCCCAGGGGCUCGCCGGGGCCCGCGAUGCAGGGCGACCUCCCGUGCGCCAUUAGGGGAGGUGACGUCCCGUUCCACGGCCCCAUUCGCGCAGUGCAGGGCUGACAUGAGCACGUGCCCCACAGGCUGACGGCUGCAGUCCCACACCUGGAGACGUUCCUGCAUGGAAACAGGAGCACAAAUUGCGGAGAUAAACCAAAGUGUUCCUCCCAGCAGUUCUGGCAAUAGCUUCAAACUGCAAACAACCCAACUGUUCGUCAGAAGAGAAAUGGUUGCCUAAGUGAUGGCCUUCUGCUUUGAGGUUCCGCGAGAGCAGGGUGAGGCAGCAGUGACGAGGACGGGGUAAAACCCAGCGUCUGACUCAUGACAGGUGGGGAAUGAAAGUCGCUUUUUGCUCUCCACCCGCUCCGCUGCCAACCCAGCCACGGAGGACUCAGACACUCCCCGGGCAGGAAGCAAGGGCAGCUGCCUCCCCAGUGCUGGGAGGCUGAGGCCCAACACGGCGACUUGACACCCCCCACAGAGGCGGGAGGAGGCCUCGGGAUCCCAGUGCUUCCAGCUGCUCCUCUCCUGAAGAACUGGCAGGAGCCCCGCCAGGCUUUGCCCCAUGGGCUGGGCUGGGCAGUUCCAGAUGUCUCAGCACUGUUUCCAGAAUGAGUACUUUGACAAUCUGCUGGGUACUUGCAAACCUUGUCACCUUCGCUGUUCCAAGGCCCCUCCUGUAACAUGUCAGCGCUACUGUAAUGCCAGUGUGGCCAGUUCAGUGAAAGGAACAAACGCGAUUCUGUGGACAUGCUUGGGCCUGAGUGUGACAGUUUCUUUGGCAGUGUUUGUACUCAUGGUCCUCCUGAGGAAGAUGAGCUCGGAGCCAUUAAAGGAUGCAUGCAAAAACACAGGAUCGGUUCUCCUGGACGUGGCUAAUGCUGGCCUGGGCGGCAGCAGAACUGGUGAUGAAAGAACUCUACCCAGAGGCCUUGGGUACACGGUGGAAGAGUGUACCUGUGAAGACUGCGUCAAGAGCAAACCAAAGGUCGAUUCUGAUCAUUUCUUCCCACUCCCAGCCAUGGAGGAGGGCGCAACCAUUCUUGUUACCACUAAAACUAAUGACUAUUCCAACAGCCUGCCACUUGCUUCAAGCACUACAGGGGUAGAAAAGUCAAUUUCUACUGCGUAGUUAAUCCUCUUGACCGGUGUAGAAUAUUGAGAGGGAAAGGUGACGAAUCAGAUCUGUAUGGGGUGAUUGUAUUCAUCAGUUGCUGCUAUAGCUUUUUGUCCUCUGAUUCUACAAACUCUGUUACAUACUUUUCUGUAUCUUAUUGCUAACAGCUUAACUGUGGAAACUUCUUUGGUCUUAUGAUUAAACUCUUGACUCACUGGAAAAUAAAAAGGCACUGCAAUCUGCAGAUCCCAUA